AAAUUGGUCAUCGCCCUGAUGCUGCUUUACUUAGAACAUUGGUUCCCAAACUGGGGUACAUGUACCCCCAGGGGUACGCAAAGUGGUUCAGGGGGUACGCAGGGGAAAUAUUUGAUUUAGGUUUUGCAUAGCUCAACAUCUUUUGUUUCCUAUCAACCGUGCUGCGCAGGGUACGUAGCUGGAGAUUGAAUGUCUGAAGGGGUACGCGACUGUAAAAAGUUUGGGAUCCACUGACUUAGAAGAUGUAACGUAAAAAAACGCCUGGACCUGGUCCGACGAGGUAAAGCUAUAAUGGUUCCACACAUUUCAAAAUUUGUGUUCAAAAUUCAAUUGUUCCUUGUUGACCUGUUGACCAAGUCCAGCGGGUUGGGGUUUGAUCUGCGGUUAAACAGCGCUGAUAAUAAUAAUAAUAAUGAAAAUUAGACAAAAUUAAAAUGACACAGCGAAUAAAAAAGUGUUAAGUUUAACCUUAACUUCCAAACGGAAUCUAACUUCAUCGUCAUGCACUGCAGCUGAUGUAUGAAAACAUGUCUGUCUGAGGAGCAGUGCUAAUAAAGGGGAAAUGGGAAGAACCUACAAUACUUUGUAUCUGUAUAUGUGGGCGUGUUCAGGGCAGUGCAUGUCUGUCACCUGUGUUACUGUGUGGUGAGACAUUUUUAGUUACAGACUGUGGGUGAGACACCAGUGAGACACCAGACUGCUCACGACAGCUCUUCGGUCCUUCACAAAGAUGCAGAGGUGGGUUGUGUUGUGCUGGGCUCUCCUCGCCCUGGUUGCUGCUGAAGAGUGUCCAGAUGGAGGGAGAUGUGCAGAAGGUCAAACCUGCUGCAACGACCCGACAAAUGGGUACGAAUGCUGCCCAUUGGAGCAGGCUGAGUGCUGUGGGGAUGACACGCAUUGCUGUCCUGCAGGCACAGUCUGCAAUUCAGCCACAUCCAGCUGCGUGAACGCCACUAUGUCCAUCCCCUGGGUGGAAAGAGCUUCCGCUGAUCAACCUAGACUCUCCAAAUCCUUUAGGAUGAUCAAGACGUACAUGGGGGAGGAAGAUGACAACAUCUGUCCCGAUCAAUCACGAUGCCCUUCCGAGUUUUCCUGCCUGAAGGCCUUGACGAGGUUUGGCUGCUGUCCCCUAGCUCAGGGAGUCCCCUGCACUGAUGGAAAACACUGCUGUCCAGAGAGCCACCAGUGCAGUGAAGACAGUAGGUCCUGCGUCAGAAAAGAUCUUGUGACUGUUGUUUUGUGCAACGCGGGAGUGUCAGAGUGUCCAGAUCAAACCACCUGCUGUGAAGGCCCAGAAGGCACAUGGGGAUGCUGCCCAAUGCCAAAAGCUGUCUGCUGUGAGGACAAGCUGCACUGCUGCCCUGAAGGUUGCAGUUGUGAUAUCCCAAACUCCAAAUGUAUUUCCUCAUCCACCAAAAAAGAAAUGCCAAUGUGGGCCAAACUCCCAGCCAGGAUCCGAGCAGAGUGGGAGAACAAGAAAGAAGUGACUGCCGGGGAAGCUAAUAAUGGUGCAUCAGACAAAUACCCAAAGGUCACCACAGCAGUUACAGUUCCCCCUUCAGAGGAGGAAACAUCUGUGUCAUCUGUCACUAAAGUGGUUGGAGGUAACGACGUCCAGUGCAAUGAUACAGUAGCCUGUUUGGACGGGACAACAUGCUGUCAAGACAAAGAUCAUGAGUGGACUUGCUGUCCUCUGCCAGAGGCUGUUUGCUGUGAGGAUUUCAUACACUGCUGCCCAAAAGGUAAAAAGUGUAAUCUAACCACCCAGACCUGCGAUGACAACACAUGCUCGAUACCCCUGGUCAAGAAGAUGUCGGCGAUCCCCAGACAGCGUGCACCAGUGGGGGAUGUUAUUUGUGACACCACCACCAGUUGUGAAGAUGGCACCACAUGUUGUAAAAACAUAACGGGCGGCUGGGCUUGCUGUCCUCUGCCAGAGGCUGUUUGCUGCCAAGAUCUGGAACACUGCUGCCCAAAAGGGAAGCGAUGCAACCUGGCGGCCCAGACCUGUGACGAUGACACAGGCUCCGUGCCGUGGCUCGAGAAGGUGGCUACCCUCCCCAGACAGGACACACAGGUGGGGAAUGUUCCAUGCAACACCACCGCUGCUUGUCAAGAUGGCACCACAUGUUGUAAAACCAAAGACGGUGGCUGGUCAUGCUGUCCUCUACCUCAGGCGGUCUGCUGUGACGACCACAUGCACUGUUGUCCCCAUGGCACAACCUGUAACCUUGCCACCCUCACCUGUGAUGACACCGCCAGCUCGACGCCCAUGAAACAGAAGAUACCUGCAUUUUCCAGCCCGGCUCCCACUACAGCAGCCCCUUCAACAUCAAGUCAGGUACCAAGCUCAACGCUAACAGAGGAGGAGGAACCUGAGGAGGAACCUGAGGAGGAACCUGAGGAGGAACCUGAGGAGGACGAGACCCCGACAGCACAAGAGGAGGAGGAUGAAGAAGUGAAGAGCAGAAUUAAGUGCGAUGACCAAACCAGCUGCCCUGAGCACAUGACCUGCUGCCUCAUAGCCGAGUCGCAUAAGUGGGGCUGCUGCCCACUGCCAGAGGCGGUGUGCUGCGCUGGUGGGGACCACUGUUGCCCGGUCGACUACAAGUGUGAUGAGCGUGGGACACACUGCGUCAAAGGAGAGCUGGUAAUCCCAUCGUACACCAAGCUGGCAGCCACCACCACCACCACCAGCAGCGUCCAGGCUGAUUCUAGAUCUGUGCAGUGCGACGCUCUGAAUCUGUGCCCUGAACGCACCACCUGCUGUCAGCUCGUCACGGGCGAGUGGGGCUGCUGCCCACUGCAAAAUGCUGUGUGCUGCCCCGAUAAGGAGCACUGCUGCCCACAGGGCUUCAGCUGCCACACGGGCUCCAGGUCCUGUCACAAGCUCAUCAUGCUGCGACUGGAGACCGUCCCGUUGACACCGGUCUACCUGCCUGAGCAUCGACCCCGGCCCAGUCCUGUAAAGCAGACAGACAUCCACUGUGAUGAUCAGACCAGAUGCAAGGAAGGAAUGGUCUGCUGCAGGAUGUCCAGCACGGCAUGGGGCUGCUGUCCAUUUCCUAAUGGGGUGUGCUGCAGCGACAUGACCCACUGCUGUCCCAGCAGCUACACGUGCAGUGAAGCCGGCGUCUGCAACCACGACACCAGGCUUAACUGGAACAACUGGCACAUGUUCCUGUCCAACAAGAAGAGAGCCCUGAUUGUGUGAAACAUCCCUUCAUGAACAGGGAGCACUAAACGCAUGUAAUGGGAAGGGUUAUUUGAGUGAAAUUAGUAAUUGUUUGGUUAGAGUGGUGAAUGGAACUCAAGAGUUUGACGAUUCUUUCUGCAAAUGUCUGUUGCAGGUUUGACAAUGUUGACAAGUCAUUAAAAACAAGAUCCUGGUUUAACUACUUUAAACAACAAUCAGUAAAUAGAAAAAGAAAAACAACUUUUCUCUAACUGAAUUUUCUUUCAAUAAUCUCUUAAACCAUAAUUCUGUGGCACCUUGUACAAUUACAAGCUUCUUUGUGAUUCCACCUUGUGAAGGAAGUUUAGUCUGUUUCAGGUCAACAUGACAUGAUUUAUCAGUUUUCAGAUAAUUUCUUGGAAACUGUAAUGACCAACAAAUUGAACAUAAACUCAGAUUACCCUCAGCUGCUUCUCAUCCACUUAAGUUAUAUGAUCAAGACAGACUCAAACGACUGCCACAGUUCACCUUCUAUAAACAAGAGCUUCAAUUCUCCAGCAGAUCAUUGCUCAAUGAGUAGCACAGAGAUGGUGGUGUUAUUCUAGACAGAGGAAGAUCAGAUUAUAAUAAUCAUAAUUAUUUCUAAAUCCAUUUGAACUCAAACACUGAACCAGUUGUAUGAAAAUCAUCAUCAGUGACAACACCAACAGAAGACCAAUACACCAAGCUUAGUUCAGAGAGAAAAGCAACAAAAUCGCAGAUCACAAUUUCUUUAACUUCCUCCUGCUUUGUCCUUAUGUUUCCAUGUUUUGUCAAUUCAUAAGAAAUAACAAUAAAUGUUUGUCCCAAUACACAAAAAGGAAGUCUAAUUUUAAAAAGAUAGGAAGCUUUAAAAAAAAAAACAUACAAGCAGAUUUCUUUUUUAAACAUUUAUUUGUGAAACCGAGUGAAUUUAGAAUCUGAGCUUCUGGAAGAACCACUUGUUCUUGCCGGUCUUGUACCUGGAGAAAAAAAGAAAAGAUGUUAUUCAUGGCAUCAGAUCUGGCAACAGGUCGCUAAAACCACAACACACCUAAAUAAAUCAGGGAUGAGAUUAAACUAAACCUGGUUUGAGUAGACAAUAUUUUGUUUGCCGUUUUAAAUUGAUAAAUUUGAGCCUUUUAUUUAAGUGAGAUGUUCUGCAUUUAAAACUUAAGAUUUAGGUUUCAGUUGUCUUUUAAAGAAACUAUAAACUAGCUAGCAAUGGGUCAUACAUGGAAGUUUUGGCAGAGCAGAACAAAGCCUUAGGUAAAGAGUCUAUGACCCAAUUAAAAAGGUGAACCAAAUGAAACUUCCUGUUUCCGAAUAUAUAUUGGGCAUUUUCUGGGUUUUUUAAACAGUUUGGAUAAUGCAUGUACACAAGUUAACAAAACACGAGUCUAGUUUUAAUGAAGAAUUGCUGCAUAUUUUAUAUUUAAGUCUCCAUAAGUUUAAUUUGAACACCGGUACUAAGAUUAAAAAUAAUCUUUGACAGACUCACCUCUCCUCAAACUUGAUCUUGGCCUCCCGCCUGGCUUUGCGCUUGAGACCAGGAUCCCUGAAGACAUCCUUGUUGACGACGGUUUUGUCAAGAGGAAUAUCCACGGAGUAUCUGACAAAGAAAGAAAAUGAAAGAUGAUGACAAGCUGCCACAUCGAGCUCGACGAUCCAUGUUCACAUCCACUGUAGAAACUCAAAGUGCUUUGAAGCCAGAGCAGCAACUUAUAACAAGCUGUAUUUCAUUUGUUUGCCCAGGUUAUUAUUUUAAUGUGACCAGCUGCUAACAUUAGACAAUUAACCUGUUAGUGAUAGCAUGUGUGUUCAGUCUGUACCAGCAGCAGAUUUUAAUAGAAAGUGAGCACCAAACCAGGAAGUGUAAUAAAGUCAAUAAUCACUGGA